GCUGCCACCACCGCCAUGGGCCUGGAACUCUAUCUGGUAUUGUCCCAGCCCUGCCGCGCUGUCUACAUCUUUGCCAAGAAGAACAGCAUCCCGUUCCAGCUGCGCACGGUGGAGCUGCUCAAAGGCCAACACUAUACUGAUUCGUUUGCUGAGGUGAACCCCCUGAGGAAGGUGCCAGCCUUGAAGGAUGGGGACUUCACUUUAGCUGAGAGUGUGGCCAUCCUGCUGUAUCUGAGCCGCAAGUACAAGACUCCUGACCACUGGUACCCCCAGGACCUGCAGGCCCAAGCCCGAGUGGAUGAGUACCUGUCCUGGCAGCACACAGCCUUGAGGAGUUGCUGUACCAGGGCCAUAUGGCAGAAGAUGAUGUUCCCUGUGUUCCUGGGCCAGCCGGUACCCCCUGAGACACUGGCAAACACUUUGGCUGAACUAGACAGGUGUCUGCAGCUACUAGAGGACAAGUUCCUGAGAGACCAAGCCUUCCUUACUGGGCCCCAAAUCUCUGUGGCUGACUUGGUAGCCAUCACAGAAUUGAUGCAUCCUGUUAGUGCUGGCUGCCAAGUCUUCGAAAGCCGACCAAAGCUGGCUGCGUGGCGCCAGCGUGUGGAGGCUGCAGUUGGGGAGGAGCUCUUCCAGGAGGCCCAUGCAGUUGUCCUGAAGGCCAAGGAUAUGCCUCCAUUGGACCCUAUCUUGAAGGAGAAAUUGAAGCAUUCCGUCCAGGGUUUGUUGCACUGAGUGGGUCGCCUAGGCCUGAGGAGCCACCAAGGAAAACAGUGACUUGUCAGAAUACAGAUGGGGCUUCUCUCUCUGGUUAUACA